CUUCACAGAACUCCUUGAUGAUUUUUCCCAGGAUGUUUUGGGGCAGCUCUUGAAUGAUCCCUUCCUGUCUGAGAAAAAUGAGAUGAUGGAAGUGGAAUUAUCACCAGUUUCUCCAGCUCCCCUCAUCCAGGCAGAACAUAGCUAUUCCCUUUGUGGGGACUCUCGGCCCCAGUCGCCAUUGACCCAUAUUUCAGCUGAUGACAAUUUCAAUGAAGCUGACUUGGAAAAUGAAGACUGGUGCCUGGGAUCAGAGCUGACAUCAGCCAACAUAAAGACAGAACCAGCAGUGACUGAAACAUCCGGCCUUGCUCCGUCAGGCAGUCUUACUGCUUCGCCCAGCCCCACCAUCCUGGAGGGGGAAGAGCCACCGCUGCAGGAUGAUGGCACAGUAUGGUUUCUGACUAAAUCAGAGAGUCACAAAGUUCUUCCUGAGAUUAAACUGGAGCCGCAUGAAGUGGAUCAAUUUUUGAACCUUUCAUCCAAGGAAGUGGUGGAUACUCUACACAUGCCUCCAACACCCCCCAGCAGCCAUGGCAGUGAUUCUGAGGGUGGACAAAGCCCAACCCGGUCCCUCCCACCAUCAAGUCCCACCCACUUGCAGGCCACUGUUAAAGUGACUUCACGCACAGCUUCCGCCCUCACCAAUUCACCUCUCUUAACAGCACCACAUAAACUGCAGGGCACAGGUCCCCUAAUCUUAACAGAGGAGGAGAAAAGAACUUUGAUAGCAGAAGGAUAUCCCAUCCCUACAAAACUUCCCCUCACUAAAUCAGAAGAGAAAGCACUGAAGAAAAUCCGUAGAAAGAUCAAGAACAAGAUUUCUGCCCAAGAAAGCAGGCGGAAAAAGAAAGAAUACAUGGACAGCCUGGAGAAGAGGGUUGAGUCCUGCUCAACUGAGAACAGUGAGCUUCGCAAGAAAGUAGAAGUUCUGGAGAAUACAAACAGAACACUCCUGCAGCAAUUACAGAGGCUUCAAACCAUGGUAGCUGGCAAAGUGUCACGCUCCUGUAAAGCUGCUAGUACACAAACAGGGACAUGUCUAAUGGUUGUAGUAUUAUGCUUUGCAAUUAUUUUGGGCAGCUUUUCACAGAGCUUUGGGCCUCAUUCCUCCAUUACAAAAGCUGUGCUGCCAACCCAGCAUUCUACACCAGAGUCAUAUACAGCAUCAAUAGUGAGAUCAAGGAGUCUGCUGACUUAUGAGGGGCCUUAUCCACUGGAGGAACAGCCCUUGUCAGACCACAGCAAUGGCUGGGACAGGCAUCUGGAUGCUUCCAAAGCCCUGUCUUUGGAACCCAUGUCCAAGUCACAACCCAGUCAUGUUACAGAGAUCACAAUAGCCAAUGAAACAAGGCUAGAAAAGUCAGUGCUGGUGGGGCUGCAACAGCACAGAAUCAGUUCAGAGCUGGAUGCAAAUGAAACACUAAAAAUCGUUGAAAUUGACAGAAGAGUCAACGCUACAUUUUAGGAGAAAGGAACAUUUCCUCCCUUGCAUCUUUAUUUCUGUUCCAAACAAAAGAUUGGAAACACUUGUCACUGUCAGUAAAUCUCAAUGGCGAGAAUGGAGGACUUGUCUGAUUUUUUUAAUGUGAAAAGGUGGCUUUGAUAGACUAUUCUCCAAAAAUCCUAAUUUUUAGCUUGCCAUUUCACUUCUACAUCCAUGAUGAGGGGCGUUGAUGUGGAAAUAUGAUAAAGGCAGACCUUUUGAAUUAUUUUCUUGCCCUGCUGUUUUUUUAAAAAAAUAGUAAUUGUCAUACCUGAUGUCUACCAUAAUAUUCAUAGUGGGAAGAACUAUGUUGAUGCUAUUUUGAUGCCACCGGUGAUAGGGUGUUGCCCUCAGAGAAAAUCUCCUCUGGAGCUUCCAUAAUCAUGGUGAAGUAGAAGCAUAACCAAGGAACUUUUUCCCCACCUUCUCUAGCAGAAUUGGACUGUAGACGUGUUCUUUGUUGUACCUCAGUGGACAAGAAUGGUUACUUCUGGCAAAACAUUUUGGUCUUGCUAGACUCAGAAGUUUCAUUAUUACUUUCCUCCCAUGGUGAUAUCUCUGUAAAAACUGAAAAGGCUUGGAGUCAUCUUUUAGUAUAUUAGCUUAAUUUUUCCCAGUCUGAUGACUUCUUGCUACAAUUCCCCAAAUAAGCCUAGUUGUGGAGAUUCUCUUAUGGAUAUGAGAAUCUGGUUGCUUGUAUUCCCUUAUAUCUUAUACUCUCCUGUAUCUUUCUGUUGUAAAUAGUAUUUAUUAGGGUUUUUUUCUAUGAUUGAAGCUGGAAUGGCAAGUCAAUGUUAUAAGUUCUUUCAAAUGAUCUCAGUGGACUUUGAAAAACUUCCAAAACUUCUUUUAGGCACCAGGCAUUAAACCUUUAAAAAUUUAAUCUAAAUAAGAUUUUUUCCUACUUCCUAAUGUGUUGUUGUUUUGUUCUCUUUGUUGUACUUGUUUUUAAAUAGGCUUUUGGUUAUGAAACCAGCAAAAAUUCCAGUCUCAGCAAACUCAAUUUAAAUGAUCAGAACUUUUGGGAAGGAAUUAUUAGUAUGAAUAUGUUAAAAUAGCACCUCUAUAAAAUACAGUUGCAUGGGACCCUUCAUCAAACUAUUAUUUAUAUGCUUAGAGUUCAAAAAAUAAUAUCUCUAAAUCAUUUUUAAUGGGGGAUUUUUCAAAUAUCAUACUUGGUCAACAAUGUUUAUUUUACUGCACUGUAUUCAUUAUGUGAUCAUUGAUUCCAGAUGUAGCUAAUAGAUUUUAGAUAACGUAGCUAGUGGGUGGACUCUAAAAUAAGAGAAUGUUAUUUUAAACUCUCUAUUUAUGGAAACCAAUUCUGGGAUUGUGAAGCUCAAUAAUUGAGUAGUAGAUAGACAUGUAUUUCUUUUGCUAUGUAUAUGCUUUGAUUGUAUUCACUGUUUUUUAUUAUGUAAAGUAUUUUAACUAGUUAAUGUUUCUGAAUCAGAUGUUGACUGGUGCAAAUUGAUAGUUUUCCAUUCUAUAAUAAUCUGAUAAUUUGCUUCUCUUU